AUGAGUAGUGAAGGUCCAGUUAAGAUUGUAGGAAUUAACCAUGGAGAUGUUACAUUUUUUUGCCAGUCUCCAGAUGACAAUAAUGAACAACACAGCUUACAAAACAAGCUCCGUGCUAACAGAAGUGUUCUUGCUGCUGCCAGCCGGUUCUUUUCCAUCCUGUUACCUGAUUGUGAGUUAGACCUAGAUGUCUGCAUCUCAAUUGAUCUGAGCUUUGAAGAACUGUUUUGUGUUCUUGAGUACAUCUAUUCUGGGAAGCUGCUGUGUUCAGUCAAAAGCAAAGACAGAAUUUUAAGUAUUCUAAAAGAAUUUGAUAUUUUCGUGCCUGAUCAUCUAAAGAAUUCAGUAGACUGUGGAAGAAAUGGAAGUAGUGAGGCAGAAGUGGAAAUAAUAUUUGAAGAAGCCAUUGCAAGUGAACCAAAAACUACUAAAGAUCCCACAAACAUUUCAGAGGAUAAAUCUCCCUUUGCAACUUCUGCCGAUGUUCGUGUAGUAAAUAGUGGAGAACUAAUUUUACGAGAACCCAAUAUUUCAAGCUCCAAUGAAGAUCCCUUCCAGUAUGAAGAAAAGCUUCCAGAAAAAUUCUCAAACAGUCAUAAGAUGUACAGCAACAAAAGUAAAACUCAUUGUGGAUCAAAAAUGGCUAUUCUGAAUUCAAACACCAAUGUUACUGAAACCAUUGUUGAACCGGAAAUCUCCAGACAUAAAGAUCCGGUCUUCACCGUAGUCACCAACCAACCCACUUCGCUGGAAGAAACGCUUGAAAGUAUCGUAUCGUCAGAGAUUGUAGCGGUUGAACCUCAAGAUAACCCAUCGCUAAGUAAUUGUGAUGCAGACCGUUACGCUGCAGUUCCCUGCCCAGAUUCUUGGCAGUACGACUUUGAGCGCACUAAAAAAGGGAAAAAGAAGAAAAUUACAUUUGUUGAGGAAGAGACUGAAGACAGUGACCAAGAUCCCGAAGAUCAAGACCAAGAAGAUUCUCUUGGUUACGAAGAAAAUGAUGAAGUCAAAAGUAAAUCAGCAGUACAAACAUCUAACGAGUCUGACGAUCAAAGUAAUGGUUUUGAACCUCCGCUCAACUUUGAAGUAGCUGCAAAAAAGCUGGAUUCUUGUUUAGAUCAAAGUACAUCUACCCUAAGAUCGGAUGUGAAGCCUAGUUUGAAAGGAAUCGGAUGUUCUAGUUCAUUUGAGGAUCUCACUCCAAACCUGGACGUGAGUGAUAGUGCUGAAGAAGAAGAUAUUAUUCCUAAGUUGAAGUGCACACAAAACAAUGAAACCUCAAACGUCGAAGAACUAUUGGCCCUCUGCUCGGGAAAAUUCCCUGAUUCACUUUCUGGAAGAGACACGCAAAUAAGUAGUUUGACUGAAAAUGCAGAUGACGAAUCUGAUGAAGAAGUUAAGCCGUUCGCAAGAAUAAUUCCAAUGGCUGAUGAGGAUGACGAGGAAGAUGGCUCCAGUAGUGCUCUCCCAAAAUUCGUUUCUGAAAAUGACGCUGAUGAACCUGGAACUGUGCCUUCUUUUUUAGAGGAUGGAGAAAAAUCCCUGUCAAAGGUGAAAAAAAGGGCCCGUGUUUGUCUGUCAGAUGACGAAGAUGAAACUAUCGAUGAAAACCAUUCGUUUGUCGAAGAAGAGGAAAUGCAUGAAGAGGAACGAGAAUUUAGAGGUCUGACUGAGUUUUUUGAAGACGAGGCUGAACUGUCCGGUUCCGAAGUUGGCAGCGGUGACGAAAUGGAUGACUGGAAGGAGGAGGAAGGCGAUAAGGAGGAUAUUGAUGAAAACGAAGUUCGUGAGCAAGUUGGAAGAGCCCAUAUGAAGACAAUGCUUGAUCAAGACCAGCGUGAAGUUCGACUUUUUCAAGAGCUUUUUCUCGAAGAUGGAGAUUUGCAUUCUGAUGGCGGUGGAAGGCAAAAACAAUUUCGGUGGAAACAGGCUGAUGGUGAAAAUACUGAGGGAGACGGUGCCCGUCCAAAAAAUCAAGAAGAUGAAGAAGAUGAAGCUGCUGAAGAACAGGAUGAUCUCACAUGGAGAAAAAUUCACAGUGAUAGAGAAAAAUGGCUCCUGCAACAAAAGUCGCAACAGGAAACGAAUAAAGAAGUGCCAUUGGUUAUGAGCCGGCAAACUAAAAUGGUGAAAAUCAACACUGCUUCCAAAACCAUUAAUCAAAUUACAGAAGGCGAUUCCUCCGCUGCUACUGCCAACGCCAAGCAGUCAACGCAUUCUAAGGCGAACAUUGUGACCACUGUGAGAUGCGGAUCUUUUUUACGCAGAAGUGAAAAAGAUUUAUCAGAAAUUGCAUCGUUGAUGAAAUCCGUGUUACCUGUUCAGGCACCAAGGGUCGGUUCCAAUUUUGUAUUUGCAUCCAUUACUCCGGAGAGGCCAGUCGCCGAGCAAAAAAUUUACACGGAAACUGCAAGGCUUUGUUAUAAUGGUGUUUUCGGAUUGAAAACGUUCCGCGACACGCUUUUCCGUUGGCAACUUCCAUGGUGA